AUGACUCCUCAAACUACUCGAAGCCUGCCUCACGUCCUGAGCGCUCUCAACGGUCCCACUGCCCCUCCCACGCACUACCUUGUCUUCUAUUCCGAUGUCGUGAACGGUCGGAUGUGGUGUCCUGAUUGCGUAGCUGUAGAAUCCACCGUCAAAGAUGCUUUCGACGGGCCUGAGAAGCCUAACGCCGCCGUGUACUGGGUCGGCAAGAUCCAAGAUUGGAGGACAGCGAACAACAAAGCUCGUGUCGACUGGAAUGUCAACAAUAUCCCUACUAUCGUCCGGUUCGACAACGGCAAGGAAACGGCAAGGUUGGUGGAAGAUGAGAUCCUGGACAAGAGCAAAUUGCAGACCUUCCUCAAGUGA